UCCUGUCAGAAUAGUUGGUGCUGCGUGAGGCGAGUUCAAGUUCUCAGAAGGUGUGGAGAAGCCCCAGAUUUUUGGGAUGGCGGCGUCUGAGGCAGGCCAUGAGGCGUCGACGGAGCGACUAGAUAUCGCGCGGGGCCUAGAGAACGUGCCCGUGAGCGCGUGGCCCUCAGGGGCGGAGCCAGCGCCCUUCCAGUAUAUGCCUGAUCUCGUAGCUGGACCCGGAGCAGACAUCGAUCCCACUCAAAUAACCUUUCCUGGAUGCAUCUGUGUCAAAACUGCCUGCUUGCCUGGUACAUGCUCCUGUCUCCGCCAUGAGGAAAACUAUGAUGGUAAUUCAUGCCUUAGAAACAUAGGGUCAGAAGCAAAGUAUGCUGAGCCCAUUUUUGAAUGCAAUGUCUUGUGCCAGUGCAGUGACCGCUGCCGAAACAGAGUGGUCCAGAGGGGUCUGCAGUUCCACCUCCAGGUGUUUAAGACAGAGAAAAAAGGCUGGGGACUUCGCACUUUGGAAUUUAUACCAAAAGGACGGUUUGUGUGUGAAUAUGCUGGUGAAGUUUUAGGAGUCUCUGAAGUACAGAAAAGAAUUCACUUACAAACAAAACAUGAUGCAAAUUACAUUAUAGCCAUCCGAGAACAUGUUUAUAAUGGGCAGGUAAUGGAAACAUUUGUUGACCCUACUUAUAUAGGAAAUAUUGGGAGAUUCCUUAAUCAUUCUUGUGAGCCAAACUUGUUGAUGAUUCCUGUCCGAAUUGACUCAAUGGUACCUAAGUUGGCACUUUUUGCAGCCAAAGAUAUUCUCCCAGAAGAAGAACUCUCUUACGACUAUUCAGGAAGAUUUCUUAAUGUAGCGGUGGGUGAAGACAAAGAAAAGCUAGAUAAUGGGAAACUACGAAAGCCUUGCUACUGCAGUGCCAAGUCUUGCACCGCUUUCUUGCCCUACGACAGUUCACUGUACUGCCUCUUAGAGAAGCCAAAUAACAAUUAGGAAGGAAAUUUUCACCCACUGGCCACUCUCAGUAACCAAGCAUUUGUGGCUCAGUCCCUUCUGCAUACCCUUCUUGUAAGCAAUUUAUCCUGGAGGUAAUUCUGCUGUGUGGUAGGCAGCUUGCCCCUCCUUAUAGGGAAGGUCAGUGGUUCUCUAGCUCUGCCUCUACCUAGGGGCAUAACUCAGGAACGUGGCGGUGUUCAUCUAUGUCCUUUCUCCUCCUUUGUGAUACAGUUCUCAGUGUGACCCGGCUACAUAACUAUCCAGAGACUCACUUUCCUAGUUAGACGUCGCUAAGUGACUGAGUAGCUAAUGGUAUAUAAGUAAAAACAAUUUUGUUCUUAAAUGGAGAGCUCCUGCCCUUCUCUUCUUCUUUCUUCCUGUUGGCUGGAAAGUAUAUCUGACGUAUAUGCUCCAGUUUGGAACUGGAGCAGCCAUCCUGGACCUCAAGAUGACUGUGGGGAAGGAAGCCAUGCAUUGACACCAAAAUGAAAAGUUACUUGCUGAUGAUAAUGUAUAUGGCAAUGUCUUUGUCUUGACUGCUAUGCACUAUAUUCGUGCUGGGGAAAGCCAUGUUGAACACUGUAAAGAUUAUAGUGAUUAAAUGUAAAUAAUAAAAAGGAAAAAGAAAGGAAGCCAUGCAUAACAAAUCAACAAGGCAAAAAAGAGUCUGCGUGUCUGGUACUGUAUGGUCCUGAUCUGAUACCUCUGGAUUUUUAGAUGAGAAGUAGUCUCUCCCUUGUUGAAGGCAUUAUUAUUGUGAAUUUUCUAGUGUUUGAACUGAACCUAAUCAUGAUCAAAAGACACACACACAAUUGUGGCUGGACCAAUCUAAGUUGAGCUUUCAGACCCAUUUUAUCGGUAAUAAAGCUAAUACUUUUAUUUCCAUCUGCCUUUUCCAUCUUAUUUCUCAUUUGUUUCUAAGCAUAGAUCAAGGAAAAGGAUAUGAUUAUCACCUCCUAAUGCUCUUAUAAUUACUACUAAUAGAGAAAAAUAUAACCACAAUAAUGGCUUCUAUGGUACAAUCAAA